AUGUUGCCGCGACUCGCCACCUUCUCAGUCGCCUUCCUGGCACUCUUAUCGCCCACUCUCGCCGCCAAGGAACCGGAGGACUCGUUGAUUGGCGUCAUAGAAAGGACUGUCCCCCUACGGACGCACUCGCUGGCGGCUCCUUAUGUGGAUAGUGAUCUGCAAAAUAGAUGGUGGGAUUUCGGGGGCGACACCAUUAUCAAUACUAUGAAACACGCCCGCCUCACACAAGAUCGCCCAUCCCAACAAGGCUGGCUCUGGGCCCGAAUGCCCUUGAGCGUCGCCAACUGGCAGAUCGACGUCGACUUUAAGGUAGACGGCAAGGCGAACAAUAUCUUUGGAGAUGGAUUUGCGAUGUGGGUCAGCCAGGAUAGGGCAAAGACUGGACCGGUGUUUGGGAGUGUCAACUUUUUCAAGGGGCUUGGUAUCUUCUUCGACACGUACGCGAACACUAAGCAUGGAUAUUCUUGGCCUCGUGUGAGCGCUAUGCUGGGAGAUGGGAAGACGGGGUACAAUCAGGAUACCGACAAUGAGGCGAAUGAGCUCGCGGGGUGUUCUGAGAACUUCCGACGACGCAACGACGUCCCGACCAAAGCUCGACUGACAUACAUCAAGGGAAAGGUUCUGCAGCUCAAGCUUCAAACCCGGAAAGUCGACGAGUGGAAGAUCUGUUUCGAGACCAACGUCGACCUCCCCGAGAGCCCAUACAUUGGCUUCAGUGCUGCCACAGGAGAUGUAUCCGACAACCACGAUAUCAUCUCCGUCUCUACCCACUCCGUCACCGUCAAACCCGAGCACCGAGAUAUCAAGCAGGCUCUCGGCGCGGACGCCAACAAGAGCGGCAAGGGAAGAAAAGCGGAGAAAGCUAGUGGGGGAGGCGCCGGAUGGUUCAUGUUCAUUCUCAAGUUUAUCGGUGUGCUUGCCUUCAUCGCGUUCGGUGUUGCCGCUUUCAGGACUUACAACGCUCAGAAGAGAUCAAAGAGGCAUUGGUAG